AUGGAGGAUAGCUUUUUUGAUCAUAUCGAAAUUGUGAAUCCAAUCAUAAAUACACAAAAUUCAAAUGCUUAAUGUGUUCGGAGAUGUUUAGAUUAACAAUUUCAAUCUUGUAUCUAGAAAGUACAACAAAAUAUUUCAUCUCUCAAAAGAUAAGAGUCAUUUCAUACAUCAAGUUUUUUCAUUUAAAAUAUCAUUCAUUAGCCUAAACUAAAUCCAAAAUAAUUAGAUAAAUCAAGUAAUAUAUAUCUAAGAUUAGAGUCAUUUAUAAAUGCAUUGAAAAUUCUGAAAAAAAAUAAUGAUUCCUAUUAGUCUAAUUUAAGAUAAAAAACACUCACUUCUUACUAAACAUCAGAUUUAGUGUAAUUACUUAAAUGUAGAAGUGGUAAUAAGAAUUCUGCAAAUUGUCAAACUUAAAUCUAUAAAAAGUAACAGAUUUAAGCAAAAUAAUUAUAAUAAAUAAAACAAUAAUUAAAUGAAUUUAAUAUUCGAAAAAGUAAUUCAGCAUACAUUCAAGCUAUAUUUAAAUGA